GAAGAAGAUGUAGUUGUUCGGCCUGAAAAUAUAUACGUUUUUCGGUUUCAUACGUAAAUCACGUGAACCGUGACAUUAAUUACAAUGGCCGGUAUAAGGAGAGUUAACGGAAAAUUAUCGGGAAUCAACCCAGCUGUCAGUUGCUGUCGCCUGCGUCAGGUUCAGUCUCUGCUCUGCGAGGGUGGCACUGCGACCCCUGAUGGCAUCCUGUGCUCGCUCGGGAUUGACAGCAGAUAUAAUGAGGGGUGCACUGAGCUGGCGAAAUACCUGUUCUAUGGACUAUAUGGACGAAAUCAGCUGAAUCUGGAACAUGUCCUUGAGGAAUUUCCUGAAGAAAUGCUGGAUGAUGUAAUCCUGCUGAUCAAGGCUGAGUGUGUUCAUCUGUACUGCAACCCGGUGAACUACAGUUACCUCUUGCCCUAUGUGUCCCACUGGAGGAACCUGCAUCUCUACUGCAUGACAGAAGCAGAGUAUGAAGAUGAGGAAGCAGCAGAGGAAUUCAAAAUCUCCAGUUUUGUCACAAUGGUGCAAGACUGCUAUCGUAUUGGAGUACCUAACAGCUCCCAGGGACACAUCCAGAGGUUUGAUAUGUUUAUGGUGGAAAAGUGGCCCCUAAUUCAAGCGUUUGCCCUGGAAGGCAUCGGGGGAGGAAGCUUUUUUACCAUGAAAUACAAGCUAAUGGACAUGAGUGAGAAGCUGUGGCAGGUUUACAACAGACUUGACCCAGUGUCCCUGGAUAAUGUCUUCACAGAGGACUUGGUAAACUUUGAGAAGCAGUGGAGUGGGUUUUUCUCCAGCAUGGACCUGGAGAGCCAUCUCUCCAUCUUGGAGCUAUCUGAAGCGCAGGCAGGAGAGGCAUUCCGCACUUACUACUCACAUGGACUGAUCUCAAGCAACAUCACAGAUAAAAGUAAAAGUCAGCAGCCCUUUGUGUUGUUUGGGAAACAUUCCUGCUCAGAGGAUUUGGAGAGUUAUUCUUUCAACUUUCCCUCAGAGAGUCAUCAGGUCCGCAACACAGGCCCUCGAGGUUCUGCAGCCAGACACAUGAUUCUGCAGUGUGUGGCUCCCAAGGGACCUCUGGCCUGCUCUCGAACCUAUUUUUUCGGGACCACCCACACACCUUACCUUGGAAAUCAAACCACAGAGCAAAAGAAAACAGAAGUCUUACUUUUGUCACAGAUUUAUUCCGCUGCUGUUCAAGCAGUCCUGUCAGGAAUUAAAUGCUACUCCUGCACCACCAGCGCUACCAAGGCUAAGGAUGUGGCAGAGAACACCUUUCUAGUGGCUUUGGACUCAGUGAAUUUAAGUCAGUACCGCAGUUCUCUCAGGUCCAAAUGUGAAUUCAACAUUCAGGCAGUAAAUAAACAAGGAAGGAUCAUCCCUCUGACUGAUGAAGAAAGCCGUUAUGUUGUAAAAACAGCCUCCAUGACUGUCCAUGAUAUCCCAGACCUGCAGUGGGAUGGAGGGGACCUGGGCUCUGUGGUCUUUUCUGAAUCCUUCUUGGAGUCCAGCAUCAACAUUCAACAUAAAGAUGGCACUGUGUCCUCAGACAGCUGCUACACAAUCCUGACUACAUCUGUGCCUCGCUAUGCAUGCUGGCUGAUGGAGUCUGAUGUCAAGCAAUCUGAGCAAGCCCAGCAUCUUGCUAAGCAGACAGAGGAAGGCACUUGUCUGGGGACUGCUCUGACCGUAGCAGAUGCUGCAUAUGUGUCCUCCAGCAGCCAGCUCUCCACACAUGAAGAAGGGAAAAUAAUUUUCUUCUCUGAGGGACUCCUCUUCAUCCAUUCUCAAUAUGGAAGUAUUAGCCUGUCCAAGGAUCACAUCAGCACCAUCAAGUUCUAUGAUCCGAACUCCAGUGCUGUGGCGUCUCUCUUUGUGGAGUAUGAGAGCAGCCUGCUCCCUCACCUCCCCUUCCCUCUCCACAGCUCCGACCAGUGUCUGGUCUUUGCUCUUCAGCCCAGGUCUAAGAGCCACAGGGCCUUCUAUUCCAAGGUUUUGUCAGUGUGGCAAAGUUCUGAAUCUGGACUCACUCUGCAAUUGGUGGACCAAGAGCACCUGACCUCAAACUAUAAAAACAUGCACAGCAGACUCCAGAAGCUGCACGACAGUCAGGAGCCACCAGUGGCCAAACGCAGAGGCAGCCUGAAGACUUCAUACUGCCAGCUGCCAGAGCAGGACAUGUUUCUUCAGCACUUUGCUUUGAGUAGUAUUGGUCAGGAGCCCAUUCUGUACGACCACCUGGGGGUGCUCUUCCCCUCUGCAGAGCUGAGGAAUCCAACCAACAGUAAGGGAGACAAGGUUGUCAUUACCAUCAUCAGCGGAUUGCCAGGAAGCCACAAGAAGAGACUCUGCAACUUCCUGAUCCAGUUGAACAAGGAACGUGAAAGGUGGGUGGUAUACAACCCUGACAGCUGUGACAGCUUCUCGGCUUCUCACCUGCAGCUGUAUUUGUCCGGCUUCCUGGAGAGCCAGAGAGGCCCAGGAGGCAAACCCCGUCUGUUGGUGCUCUCUCCUGGAUACACAGAUGUUCUGGAUGUGGUCCAGGCGGUGCUUUUCCACCCUGACCCAGUUGUCCAAGCGUGUUUCACCAUCGGCGCUGUAACUGCUUGUGUGGACCCUCUCGCCUCCUGUAUGGAGCACAGGUUUGCCUUCCCUAAGCUGUUGGAGCAGUGCAGCCAAGGUAUUGUGAGUACAGUGGUGUUCACCGGGCUGACAGCAGAGCAGAAGCACCCUCUCAUGCAGCAUGUUCAGCAGUUGGUACGCUCUGCCAACCCCACUGCAGCCUUCAUACUGGCAGAGAGAGGAGCUGUCACCAGGAAUGAAGACGUGAAUCUGAUAUUUUCUGAAUCCAGCUUCAAUGAGCCACAGAUGCUGAGAGCACGUUACAUCCUCUACCCCGGAUGGUGCAAAGGGAACUUCUUGUCAGGUUCUGGGUCUGUGGUCCUUGCCCAGCACCAUGUGGCUUUCAACCGCCCCCUAGAGAGGCCUCUAUUUGUCACCCGCUGUAAAGCUUUCAGGUCAUCACUAAGACCAAGCCCCUUCCAAGGAAACGUGUACAAUGUUUGGGGAAAAGUACGAUUUUCUGACUCAGACCAACUGAUGGAGGUGAGCUACAACACAGUGAGCGGGAGCCUGAGCAUCGUGCCAGACCACAGCAUUAACCCUCUGACCCCGGGCCCCAAAGAGACCAGCACGCCCUGCUUCCUGAUCUUUGAUGGUGUUGGCCUCACUGAGGAUGGACUGAAGGACUGGCUCAGAUUGUGCACCAAGCAGAGGCAGACAAAGAAGCCGAGGAAGACUAAAAAUACCCUUACAUCACAAGAAAUCAAACACAUACAUAUCACCAGGCACUUGGAUCCACUACCACCAGGCUACUUCUACAAUGGUUAUCAAUAUGUUGACAUCUUUGGAGAGAAAAGGAACCUCCAUCCCAACAUGGAGGAGUUUAUUAAAGAGUACAUCACAGAGGCCAACAAAGAGAUCGAGCUAUUCAACCGUCAGCUGGAGCUGCAGGGACAGCCUGACCUGUUUGAUCCGUGAUAGAAUCUGUAUGUCCACUGCCUCCAUCUGUCUUAUUUAACUCUAAGGAAACCACUGUGGGAGGGACGGGGAGGGUACAAGGUUUAUGUACUGAACACUCCGCUAUAAUGGUCAGUGUGUUCACACCACAUGCAUCUGCAGAAACUGCUGCUAUCCAUUUUUUAUUUAUGUUCUAUGUGACUUUGUUUCCUAAUUUCGUGGCAUAAAAACAUUGAGUGCAGGUGAGCUUUUAAACAGCGACAGCCCCCAUCAAAAGCCAGCUAUGUCAUGGCAUGGCUGUUUGCCUCACUUCCAUUAACUCUGCAGUUAGCACUUAAGCAAGUUAGCUGUCAUGUGGAUCAGAUGGAAGUGGCAAACUGAUGUGGUCACCUGUGUUAAUUUAAAUUACUGUCGACGUUUAUCGAGAGAUGAGAGUAGCUCACAGCCGCAGAGAAAUCUGAAACAUAACGCAACACAAGACUCCAUCUUUAAACCAAUGUGAUUACGCCACUAAGCCUGCAAGCUAUGAGACUUUCACAAUUAAAGGGAAUUUCCAACCACACAGUCCUACAGCUUGCGCGUUUCUGUUUAUCACAGUUGGCAAAUUAAUGCCUCUAUUUCUGGACAGGCAUGGAUAGCCGUGUGAUUCUGGUGGGCUCCCUGGUGGGGUUUCUCAAGAAUCGCUCCUCCUCUGUUGUCACCCAAUCCGUGGCCCACCUGUUAUCUUGUCUGCGUGCCACGCUGCAGCAGAGGGAGCGCUUGGCCAUAGAGCUGUAAACAUUGGACAGCCUGUUGGCUGAAGACAACUGAUGAAUGAUGCCAUUAAUCACAUAGCAAAACGCCUUCCCAGUGCUUUAUUUUAAGACUCCUAAAGUGAAUCUAAUGAAAGUGCAAUAAAGCAGACUUCAGUUCCUGCAGCAGAGUGUUAGAAAACAGCUGAGGCCGUCAGGAAACACACUGAAUCACAGAGGUUACAUGUCCACCACAAACGUCCCCGCAGCGCACUGUGUUCUGUUUAUUAUAAUGCUGCUAGUUAACAGUAGGAAACCAGGUCGCGUCACUGCAGCCAGGUGUGGAUCACUCACUGCACCAUUUUGGCCAAAAUGUUCAUUUAUUGCAUUUGUAAUAAGUGUGAACAUUCCCAUGGUUUGUUUUGUUUUGUUUUAUAUGUAUUUUGGGUCAAUGCUUUUGGGCAGGACAAGGGGAAAAGAAAUAAUCUGGGAAAACCUUGAUUCGGUCAACGGUUGGGUUAGGUUUGGGUACUUGAGUAGAGCCUGCAGUGAAAGGUGUAAGGCUUUGUAUCGGUGGUGUGAUGUUGCAGAGGAUCAGACUUUAUGUCCUUUUUAAAUGGGUAGUUAUGCUACUGUUUGCUCUGCGAUUGUGUGUCACACUAAUGUUCUAUGCAUGUCUUCCUCUUAUCAGGGUUCCUGCACAGCAUUUGAAAUUCUUUAACUUCAAAGAAAAUGUGUUUGAUGAGCUGUGGUUAAUUUGUGUGGAAAUGACCAUUUGUGCUGUCAUUUGCGCAGCUGCGUAUUUGGGGAGUUCGAGACCCACUUAUAUUAUAAUCAAACAAACCAGCAUUUCAAAGUAAAAGCGUGCUAAAUAAGUAGAUAUCAGAUGUUGAAAUGUGUAGGAACCCUGUCACAAUCUCUGGAGAUUUAAUGGCUUUCAUUCAUUAUGGGGUCAGCAGUGUAUGAUGCAGACUAAUUAACAAUCUUUGGCUCAAGGGGAACUAAAUUUGUCCUGAGUGAAUUGAUACUGACGAGGAACACUUAAAUGCACAUUGAAGUGUGCACAUACUGAAGUAAUAUUACUUUAAAUACAUACUUUAAAUCCAUAAUCUAUCAUGGAAAUGCUUGCGAUUGCUCACAAUUAUUGAAAUAUUCACUGAUGCUUCUCUGUCAGCGCUGUCAACAGCCAGCUACUUUGAACGAAGCGAUCGUUUUGUUUUUAGCUGGCAGACAAACAGAGAGCGAUCACAUUGUUGACGAGUUACGUUCCCUCAGAUGACCCGCGAGUAUCUGUGCAGAUUCAAAUAGUCCUGAGGCUGAGCUCAGCCGGACACUGCUGGCCCCAUCCGUCCACUCAGCAGAGUCCACUUUGAUCUGAACAAGCCAUACCAUCUAAUGCUAGAUGUGCCACUGUCUUUUAGAAGAAUGAUACAAUGCAUAGAAUAGCACAUAACAUAGCAAUGAAGUAUGCCUCUAACGUGUAUAACCCUGGCAGCAUAAGAGGGGUUCAUAUGAAGAGGAGGAGCUCACCCCGAGUUAUUCAUUCCAUUUACUCCUCUCUUACAGUCCUUUUUACUCUAUGAAACAAGUGCAAUUGUAGCCUACCUUGUGUUUUUAUAUAUUCCACUUACUGUACCCUCAGAUAGCUCUUUAAGGACGGAGCCGAGCAAACGAAUGAGCUGCUAAAUUCUCAGACUCUCACAGCUUAUAUUUGACUUUGAAUGCGUGUAGUUCACACAACACCGUAAAGAGUCCUAAAAACCAGUGAAGGGUUUUGUUGCAAAAUGAGAUGCCACUGGAAAAAAAAAAAGCAUUACCUCCACUUAAGAUGGCGGAUAGAAGAAAA